GUGGCAAGAAAUGUGUUUUCCACUGGGAGGGGAACGAAAAUCAGGAUAGGCCGCUUUUGAUAUGAGGUGAAGGACAUCAUUUUUUGGGAAGACCCGUCUAUUAAUUUUAUGUUGUGGUUUAUUUUAUGCUGGGGAACGUACAGUAGCACGAUCGUAUUCCCCAUAGACUGUUCUAUAUACAGUCUAUGGUAUUCCCAUUCGACUUAAUGUGAGAUGGAAGAAGGGGGUGAAGGUAGACAGUGGGUGAAGGUGGGAUCAUUCCACUUGUGACAUGUCGGCCUGGCAGGCAUGGCGGUUGCCAUGGUGACCCAGGGACGGAUCUGAUGCAGCAAACAGUGACUGAGAUAAAGCUACUGUAGCUGUAGCCUACGUUUUCUGCUCUGACGUGCGGUUAAAAUCUUCAGGAAAAAAUAACUUCCGUGAGUACAAUUAUCUCAACAGGUAACGUUACUGCAGAUCACUGGUGUCCUCCGAGCUUGGAUGCUAGACCGCAGGAUGCACUUCUGCCCACCUGUCAGUCGAGACAGGGUUAUCUCUGACUUCCCAAAGUGCUAUAACCCAAAGGCAUGUCUACAGGAGAAAGACGACUGGAACAGCCAAGCAAAGAUGGCAUGCAAGGAGAGAGCAGAGCGACAACAGGCGUGGGACAGACUAAAGAUGUCCAAAGCAGUGGUGGUUGGAGACCUGAACGUGGGCAAGACAUGUCUAAUUAACAGGUUUUGUAAGGAUGUGUUUGACAGGGAUUAUAAAGCCACUAUUGGGGUGGAUUUUGAGAUCGAGAGAUUUGAGCUCUCUGGCAUUCCCUUCUCUCUUCAGAUCUGGGACACGGCGGGUCAAGAGAAAUUUAAGUGCAUUGCUUCAGCCUACUACAGAGGAGCUCACGUAAUCAUCACAGUCUUUGACAUGUCGGAUAUCAGAACUUUAGAACACACUCGGCAGUGGCUGGUAGAAGCUCUGAGGGAGAAUGAACCCAAUGCCUGUUCUGUGUUCCUACUGGGCACCAAGAGUGACCUGAUGUCUCCAGAGAUGCGGGCCAGUUUAGAGAGAGAUGCUGUCAAAUUGGCAUCAGAGUUACAGGCGGAGUUCUGGAUGGUGUCAUCCAAAACAGGAGAGAACGUGAAUGAGUUCUUCUUCCGUGUGGCGGCGAUAGCCUUUGAGGAUGCCAUCCUGAGGGAUCUGGAAGGAACAGCCACACAGAGCAUUGGCCAGGGAGACAUCAUUAGGGCAUCGCUGGAGACCACUCCGAACAAGGAAGUGAAAAAGACAUGCUGCUGAAGCCACAACCCCACCCCCCAGGAUGGAGGGAGAGAAGACACAGCUGCAGACGAGAAGAGAAAGGGAACGAUCCGAGAGGAGAAGAGACUGAACUGCAAAGCACCAAAGCUGCAGUGUUGUCAGCAGUGUUUUCGAGAAAGCUCUCUCAGAUCAGCGAGCUGCUCCCCCUUCUUUGAGGGAGGGCUGGCCUGGCCUCGAGCACACACACUUACUGCAGUGUUCUUCUCAUUCCCUUCUGUUGUUUCUUGAGGCAGAAGGGCAGAGUUUACAUCUCUAUUUAGUCAUAUGCUGUU